GCCUCCUCUGACGCCGGCGCGGCAAACGAGGCCAAUGCAGACGCGCCGCCAGCUUCAAAGCAACGAAUCUGUCGCAAUUGUUCGGAUCCGAUCUCCCCCUCUUUAUCCUCUGUGGGUGGCGGCACCGGCACUGGUGGCAAUCUUUCGCAUUCGGUUACCCUUCGUCGUCGUCUUCCCUCUUCACCCUCCCUCUCCCCCUUUCUCCUCAUUCUCCUACUCCUUCUCCUUCCCCGUCUUAUUCCUCCCUCCUCGUCCCAUUCCUUUUCUUCCCUCUCCUCCUACACCAGCUUCCUCCUUAUCCUUCACCGCCUUAUCAUCCUUUCCCUACUCCUGCCUCUUUCCUCCUGCCUCCUACCAAAUCCUCCCCUUCCUCCUACACCUGCCUGCUCUACCUCAUUCUCCUCCCCAUUAUUCUUUCACUCCUGUCUCCUCUCCCUUCUCCUUUCACUCCUACCUUCUCCUCUUGUCUCCGUCUCCUACACCUGCUUCCUAUACCUCCUCCUAUUAUUCCCCAUUACUAUUUCACUCCUGCCUCCUCUUUCUUCCUUCACACUAUCUACCUCCUCCCUCUCCUCACAAACCUGCUUCCUCUACCGCCUUCACCUUCUACCCCUCCCCGUUAUCCUUUCACUCCUGCCUCUUCUUUCUCCUUCCAUCUCCUCCCAUUUCUCCUUUUACUCGUGCCUUUUCUUUCUCAUCCUCUCUUUGCGUCCUUCUCCUUUUCCUCCGCUUCCGCCUCCUUCCCCUCUUUCAUUCCUGCCCCUUUAUCCUUCCUCCCUCCUCCUUCCCUGUCUUCUUUCACUCCUGCCUCCUCCUCUUGCCUCCCUCCCGCUGUCCCCAUCGCUUCCUACACUUUCCUUCUCAUCCUCCUCCACUGUCCCCCUGCUCCUCCUACUCUUUCCUUCCUUCUUCUCUUCCCCCUUCUUUUUUCAUUCCUGCUUCCUCUUGCCUCCUUCCCUCUGCCACCUUCUCCUUUCCUACACAUGCCUCCUCUAACCCCCCCCCCUCUUCCUCCGUUUAUUGCUGCUCUCGUUUGCUAUCUCAUUUUCGUUUUUUUUUACUGAACCUUGUCGAUCGGCUUGUGUUCUCCUUAAUGUGUUGGCCUCUCACCUUGCCCUUAUAUGCAUCCAUGUACUUUGCAGCAGUCUGGCAGCCAACUACGAUUCCUCUGUUCUGCAUGUCGCAUCCAUUUGCGCAAGUACGGUGA